CAAUAAUGUUUUACAUAGUGAAUUACAUCAAUGAUUAUCUACAUAAUACAUAACAGUAUACAUAUCAAUCUAUCAAAAGCUUAUUGACAUUUGUUAUGCGUAGGCUAAACUCAUUCAUUUCUUCUUCUUCUUCUUCUUCUUUUCACUCAAAUACAGGCUCAUUGGCAAAUCAUCAACAAAAAAUGACAUAAUCAGCAGAGAUUUCGUGAAAACAACAAAACUCUUGUGGCAAUUCCUCUACAAAAUCAUCAUCCAGUUCAAAAUCAUGUAUUUGUCAAUAGUUGGACGAUAUUCAACAAAACUAUUCGUUUUCUUCAAUUGUCUUUUUAUUACAAUUGGCAGUAUUGUGGUUGUAUACGGCAUGAAACUACCAACCAAUCUAUUUGGAUAUAAGAGGAUUUUGCAAGCAUCUAUACCACCUAUCUUCCUAACUGCUAUUUUCUCAGGAAGUCUUGGUAUAUUAGCUGCAUGCAUCGGAAUAUUAGCAAUAUUGAGUGAAAGAAACAUGAUCAUGUAUCUGCAUCUAUGUACUUUGACCAUUGUAAUACUUAUGGAAAUAGGCAUAGCAUUGACAUCCUCUUUAAUGAAAGAUCAAUUCUUCACUGAAGCUCAUCGUUCGUUAAAUACGAAUGUUAAACAAUAUUGGACAAAUCUUCGUUAUCAAAUAGAAUUUGAUGAUUUACAAACAACAUUCCGUUGUUGUGGGGCUGAUUCAUCCAACGAUUAUCCACAUGUCGAACAACUUAUACCGAUUUCAUGCUUGUCUGGAAUAAAACCAUAUUCGCUGGGAUGCAUUGAUGCAUUGAAUGAAUUUGUACAAUACUACAAAAACAUCCUGAUCUAUUUAUGCUUCAGUUUUGGAAUAAUUCAUGGUAUCUACUUGAUGUUCUCAGUUGUGAUGGUUUGUAAAUCUAAACAUGGAAACAUUCGAUCGACACAAACCUCUUGUUGAAAUAAAACGAAGACUACUGAUGAGGAUUGAAUGUCGGCCGAAAUUGCGCAUGAAUAACACUUAACUAUUGUUGAUAACACACUAUUACACUUUUACAUAACACUUGUUUCACCAAUUUGUAACUUAUACAUUUCAUUUGUGUAAUAAAUCGCGCUACGAUUACAGAGUUACAUAGUGAAAUUUAAUAAUCAUAGUCUAACACUUUAUUUACAAAACGUUCAUUGACUGCUUCAGACUUUAUUUUUCUUGCGUUACUAUACCAAUUGCUUUCUAUUAUUGUUCUUGUCUUCUUGAUCUUCUUAAUCUUCUGUUGUCUGGCAUUCUCUUCCUGAUUUGCGUUAUAUACUACUUAUGUUGUUAUAAGUAGCACAAACCACAAAACUCGUAUAAUUUAUAGUAGC